UUUUAACCAAUACUUCUGGGGGCUACCUGCUCACCUGGACCUGUUUCACUUUGACUUUUCUUUCCGAGCUGCCAAGCAGUUCAGCUACAUUUGCGGACCCCUUUGCUAGUUAAAGGAUUACAAAAAAAGAAUGACUUCAGAGAUUCCAGAGAUUUUCAAAGCUCUUCUGCAGCAUCCAUUUAGUCUCCCAAACUUCGAUGACAACGACACUGACAAGGAGAAACUGUGUCUGGGAGAUAAUGUGGACCUUGUUGGAGGAGGGAGUGAUAUGGGGCCGUCUGCUGCCCUCACUCCAGCCAUCUGGGAGAAGACCAUUCCCUACGAUGGUGAGAACUUCCACCUGGAGUAUAUGGACCUCGAGGAGUUCCUCAUGGAGAACGGCAUCCCCACUGGGCCUGAUGAGGAAGACGACGAGGCCCAAAAGUCAAAGAAGAAAUUAAAGCCUUCCCCUUCAGCGCAGACUAAGGCGAAGUCUGCGAAUGUAACCCUGAUGCCUAUUCAGGAGCUGGACCAGUACACAGAGGAAGUGGUGGUCAUAACCAAGAGUGACUUGGAUAUCACCUCUGACAUAACAGCUGAGGUGACCACUGAAAAAGACAGAGUGACACCUGAGCCGAUCAACCCUGAUGAAAUCGAAGUAGACAUCAACUAUGAACCAGACCCCACCGACCUGGUCCUUUCAAGUGUACCUGGAGGUGAACUGUUCGACCCGCGCAAGCACAAAUUCACUGAUGACGAGCUCAAACCACAACCUAUGAUCAAAAAAGCCAAGAAAGUGUUUGUGCCUGAAGAACAGAAGGAUGAGAAGUACUGGCAGAGGAGGAAGAAGAACAACGUGGCUGCAAAACGCUCACGCGACGCCCGCAGGUUAAAGGAGAAUCAGAUCACAGUGAGAGCAGCGUUCCUGGAGCGCGAGAAUGCAGCUCUGCGGACGGAGGUGGCUGAGCUGCGGAAGGAGUGCAGCCAGUUCAGUAAAGUUGUGGGCCGAUACGAAGCCAAAUUUGGACCACUGUAAGGGACCAAUAAGAUGUGUAAAAGUAACUGUAGAAGACAGAUGACAAAUAGUAAAACAUCAGCCACUUUGUUAUUACAAGUUAGGUUUGUGACAUUUUUUAGUCACUGUUAAUAUGGAGCCGUUGGGUAGUUAGUGAUACACAAAAGGAGGUAGAGGAGUACACUUUGAGACAAACCAUACUGUGGUGGUCACAGUGUGUAAUUACAUGUGGCCUUGUGGAUCAGGUCUGACACUGACAUUUCAGAAAUCUCUUUUAGAAUUAGAGGGCAUGUACUGAUGUCACUUUCCCAGUAGAACAUGGUCCAUGAGUCAGAAGCGAGGCAAGACAUGCUACAACACAACUACAUUUAUUGGAGGAUAUUAGGAAACCAUGAGUAAAAUAAACACAACAGUGACAGUUUAAUGUGACCAGAAAUCUGCUGACAUUAACAGCUACUUGAUUUUAAACACAAACUCUGAAUUCAUACAGGUCUUGACACUCGGCUGAACAUUUUACGACAAUCAAACAAAGGACAUUGUAACCCACACUGUUACACUUUAUUUUAAAUCCUAGCCAACAGUUACGCUAAACUAACAGCGAUGACAGUGUUCACCUGACUUUGGUAAAGACAGUUUGAACCAUUUAUUUGAUCCAAGUCAUUACUAAAGGAACAGACUCUUAGUUUGUGUGGUUAUUGUUGUUUGUACUGACUAUAAUUGACCAGUAGUUAAAUAUUAAAAGUAGUUGCAGUAAAAAUUUAACAGUUUUAGUUAAAAGCUGUUAGAUCAGCAGAUGGCUGUUAGCUUACCAAUACCAAAGCAGUUCUUGGACAAAGUGUUAUGUGGAUAUAAAUGUGAGUCAUAUAUGCUAAAUAACAGUUUGCAUAACAGAUCAGACGUAAUAGUAGUAAGAUAAACAUCCUCUAUAACCAAACUGUUCCCAGACUUUCUCCAGUGCAGCUACUGCGAUCAUAUAGGUGUUUAGCUGUUACCUAACACAGUGCUUGUACAACAUGUUGUACUAAAAAGUAUAUGUGAGGUUAUUUUCAUCUACAUAAUGUACUAAGCUGGUGUCACUCAAGUUUAGUAGCUGACUGUGACGUCAUGUACACACCCUCUAUAUCAGUGUCAUGUUUCUACACAACAAUUGUAUGACUGGAUGAACCUGUGUUGCCACCACAGCCACACAGCUUUACUUAUUCAGAUUACCCAUCAUAUAACAUAUCAGGUUACAAAUCAAGAACAGUGAACUUUAAAUAUUCACCUCCUCUCCUUGUUAUUCACACUUUUUCUCUUUUCUUUCAAGCGUGGCGCAGUGAGACCAAUAAACAACAACUGAUUUAUUUUUUCAAUGAAUAAAUCAAGGGAGAUGGUGCAUGAAAUGCCCAUGAGUUGAUGAAAAGAAGGGGAUGAUGAGAGUGUGGCUGUAACCAUGUAGCUAAUAGAAGGUCUGAAACCUUUUUCCCCUGUUUUAUUUGCCAUCCAUGUGAGUGAGAUGACUGAGUGGAUCUUCAUGUGCUUCUUCAGUAAACCUCUUUUAUGAAGUGUACUUUUAUCAUGUUUUGUAUGCCUUUGGCCGAAAGAGAUCAUUUGUGAUGUUAAUUUUUUUGGUGGAAUGUAGGUUUUAAUAUUUUAGAUAAGUUUGGUGGUACUUAUGUAGCAAUAGAUUGUAGAAACUCUUGUUUCUUCCAGUUAUUUCCCAUUUAAUUAAAUAUCAAAAACCACCUUUAUUUCAAAUUUCUAUUAGUAAAUGAUGUGAAAAGUGGGGCUGUUCUUGGCCCAGAAAACUCUGUCGACUGUGAUAUUUCCAAUAACUUAAGCUUCUUCAGGGGAUUGAUGGUGAACAUAGCUUGAAAAGUGCUGUGUUCACUUCAAGUCUUGUACAAACACCCACUACCAGCGGCACAGAGGUGUACUACAAACACUCUUUUCACCAGGUUUUAGUGUGUCUAUUGCUCAUGCGCUGUGUUCCUUCAGCCAACAGGACGUCUGCUUUGUCUGUGCAGCUCGUCAUGUUGACUUGUCAAUAAAUGUUGUGGAGAAUCAACUAAAGCAUGAUUUAUAUAUAGAUGUAGCUGAAGAAUAUGCUGGGUUGUUUUUUUUUUUACCAUUUUACAAUAUAUUCAGUAUCAGGAUGUUGAAUCUUCUAUAAUGAGCAGUCAUGUUUUGAUUAGCCUUUGUUUAAUUUUGUAUAAAUAUCAAGCAAUGUUAUUUGGAGAACAUUGUAAAUUCCCCAAAUUUUAAAAGAAACUUAGAGGUAAUGUAAUGUGUUUAAAUAUCCUGAACUCUAAAUGGGCAAUGUUUAGUUGCAGCUUAAAGCGGACAGAUGUGUUUAGCACCUAUUUGGAAGGUCCGGUGUGUGAGAAUUGUGUGUAUAAUCACAGAAAAAGAAAAAUGGCUGCAUUUUUACCUUACAGUGAAACAUUUAUAGCCACAGAGGGAAUCAGUUGCAAUCUGAAACUUGUCCUCUAGAUAUCACUUAAUGCUACACACUAGAUAUAGGCACAUCAGCCCCUUAGUUCCAUAGAAUUCCUCUAAAACUGGUUGAGAAACGUCUGUUCACAACAUGACUGACUCGAGCAUAUGUGCAUUUACAUAUAGAUUGUAUCAACUGUUAAAAGAUCACGGGAUACUUGUGCGCAUACAUCACAUAACUUUGUUCAUAGAUUUUUGUCUUGUUAACAGUACAUGCAGGCUGUAUUUGGGACAUCACUUACCGAAAAUAGGGAGUCCCAAAGUCUCUUUAAAGUGUCUUCUACUGUAUGUCUAAAGCCAUUUCAAUGCAGUGUGCAGUCUGCCAGUUUACAGAGCCUUUAAAUCCCAUCCAGUUCCAAUUUUAUAACCUCAGUCCAGGGAAAUGUCAUUCUGUCAACAAGGGAAAGGUUUGCCAGUUUUGUUUUGUUUUGCAGCUGCGCUUCCAUUCUUCUUCAGGUCACAUGUACCUUUUUUGAUUUCUGUGUAAAUAUUGUUAGCAAAUGUUAUUGAAUCUGUUUUAUCUUAAAUGAAUGGCAAUGAGCUUCCAUAAGAUUUUAAUUCCAUUUCUCUCUGCUUCAGUUCAGAUGGAUUGGAUUGCCUUUUAACUCUUUAACAGGUCAAUUUAAAAACUUAACAGGGUUAUUUUAACCUUCCUGGUUCAGUCUUUGUAUUUGUAAAGACAUCUUCGCAUUUUGAGUGUGUGGCUACUUUUUUCUCUUGUAUAUACUAUGUAGAAAAUAAAGCCUUGUUGCUGAAGC